AGCACACAUGCAUAUAAUAUAUACACAUGCUUCAUGAAUAUGAUGUCAUCGUAAGCAUGUAUAAAGAGAAGAGCUGCGUGUGCAAUAUCAUUGUUCAUCAUCAUUACUGAUGAGAAUGUAAACAUGUUUUUUUGAAGACAUUCUUCUUCCUCUUUCAAGAGUUUUAUAUCCAAGUUGUUGUUUCUUAUUCCGGGCAGCUUUUCAAGUCGUCUCUUUGGUUUUCACAAGUCAAAGCUAAGUAAGACGUUAGCAACGACUCUUCUCGCCGGCAACCGCCGUCUACACGGCGGAAAUUUAUCAGUAAUGUCACGCACUUCCGCCACCUCCACCACUCCUUCCCGCGUGAGAGCCGCGAAUUCACACUACUCGGUCAUUUCCAGAACUAGAGCGCAAGACGACAGCAGUAAACCGAAAUCUUCCGGCCACGAUCCGGCCAAGAACCGGCGAUCAUCUCUGCUCAAGAGAGCAAACUCCAGAGAGGAGGAUACGGCGGUUCUGGCACCUCAGAGAGCUCGGUCUGUAAACCGUCCGGCGGUGGUAGAGCAAUUCGGUUGUCCGAGGAGACAAAUAUCUAGAAAGAGCGAUGAAGCAGCAACGACUGCUGCUGCGGCGGCGGCGGCGGAGGAAGAUGAGAAGAGGAAGAAAAUGGAGGAGAAGCUUGUAGUGAACGAGUCAUUGAUUAAAGAUUUGCAAGCGCAGGUUUUGAGUUUGAAGACAGAGCUAGAGGAAGCUCGUAACUCAAACGCAGAGCUUGAGUUAAAGAACAAGAAGCUUUCUCAAGAUCUUGUUUCAGCUGAAGCUAAGAUCUCAUCUCUUUCUUCUAACGACAAGCCAGCUAAAGAAUAUCAGAACACAAGAUUCAAAGACAUACAGAGGUUAAUCGCCAGCAAACUGGAGCAAUCCAAGGUUAAAAAGGAGGUAGUGGUAGAGUCAUCAUCAAGAUCAUCUCCACCAUCACCUUCUCCUUCAAGACCGCCGUUUCCAAAGUUUUUGGUAUCUCCAGCUAAUACAAAUUCAGGUAAAAGAGAUGAAGCUUCAACACCUAUUGCACCACCAACACCACCGCCUCCUCCGCCACCACCACCACCUAGGCCUCUCGCCAAAGCAGCACGUGCCCAAAAGUCACCUCCAGUUUCGCAGCUGUUUCAGUUGCUGAAAAAGCAAGAUAACACUAGAAACCUUUCGCCAUCUGUUAAUGGAAACAAGUCUCAGGUUAACAGUGCUCACAAUAGUAUAGUUGGAGAAAUUCAAAACCGUUCCGCCCAUCUCAUCGCUAUAAAAGCUGACAUUGAGACAAAAGGAGAUUUUAUCAAUGAUCUUAUCCAGAAAGUCCUGACCACUUGUUUUUCGGACAUGGAAGAUGUCGUGAAGUUUGUGGAUUGGCUUGAUAAUGAACUAGCAACUCUGGCUGAUGAGCGAGCUGUGCUUAAGCAUUUCAAGUGGCCUGAGAGGAAAGCUGAUGCCCUGCAAGAGGCUGCAGUUGAGUACCGAGAGCUAAAGAAACUGGAGAAAGAACUUUCUUCCUACUCCGAUGAUCCGAGCAUUCACUACGGUGUUGCCUUGACGAAAAUGGUCAACUUAUUAGACAAGUCGGAGCAAGGGGUAAGGAAGCUAGUCAGGCUACGCGGCUCGUCCAUGCGUUCUUAUCAGGACUUUAAAAUCCCAGUCGAGUGGAUGCUUGACUCGGGAAUGAUAAGUAAGAUCAAAAGAGCAUCGAUCAAGCUUGCUAAAACCUACAUGAAUAGAGUUGCCAACGAGCUAGAAUCAGCUCGUAACAUGGAUAGAGAGUCUACUCAAGAAGCGUUGCUUCUCCAAGGAGUCCGGUUCGCUUACAGAACGCACCAGUUUGCAGGAGGGCUGGAUCCAGAGACACUGUGUGCAUUAGAAGAGAUAAAGCAACGUGUUCCUGGUCAUCUCCGGCUGGCACGAGGGAAUUUGGCCGGAGCUCCGUCAUAGAAAAGUAACAAACAGAGUAUUAUGAGGAAUAUAUGGCCCUUGGUUUUGGUUACAAAAAGAAUGUUAUUCGCGUUAAUAGUAUUUGUUGAGUGAGUGAGUACAUGUUGUGUCCCACAAGCCACGUAAUAAUAAUAAUGUUAAAUGUAUCUACACGUGUUAUAAUGAAAUUACUCAAAAGCAGACGUUGUCUA